AUGCUUCAAUUUUCGAUAGAUAAAUCACUUCUCAACACGAACCAAACCAUUCCAUUGGGAGGUUUUUCAACACUGACCAUCACAAACACCAGUUCAACAAGUAACAAUACUUUUGUUCCGAGCUCGAGCAUAAAUUCCGAUCCAUCCAUGACAAUAACAAAUCAUCAUGAAAACACUCAAUCAUCAUCAUCCUCUGUUCCAUGUAAAAAUGAUGGCACUUGCUCACAUCAUCAUCAUCAUAGAUCUCCAUCACCCACUCUUCAUAGAAAAUCCUCACAAGAUGCCUGCUGUUCCAAUUGUGUCAAAGUUUGCCAAAAUUCUCUUCUUCCAGGUGUUGUUGUUGCCCUCUCUUGCGGAGCCUAUCUUGUCGGUGCCUUGUUUAUUGUACCAUUUGCCUUUCCAUUAUUUCAUCCCGAAAGAAGUACAUCCAUGAUGUGGUUUUUACAUUUUCUCAAUCAAAUUUGGGGUCUUUUUGAACUCUGUAUGCUCUUGUGGAGUUAUUUCCGAUGCAUGAAAACAAGUCCUGGAGUGGUUUCAACCAAUUGGCAAGAUUCAUUCUCAGAGGAAGAGGUUAAAACAUUGUUAGCUUUGGAGCCUCAAAAACAUGGAGAACCAAGGUAUUGCUCCAAGACUGGAAUGAAUAUUCCUCCGAGAGCUCACUUUUCAUCGGUACAGAAGAAGGUGAUUUUGAGAAUGGAUCAUUAUUGUAUUUGGGUGAAUAAUUGCGUUGGAUUGUACAAUCACAAGUAUUUCUAUUUGUUUUUGACAUAUUUAGUUAUGGCUGUGACACACUUUUUCUUUGUCACAAUUUUUGUCGUGUUGGCUUUUAUUAAGGAUUCAAGUAAUAUUGAUGUGACUGUAUUUUUAUUGACCUUGGUAUUUAAUGUCUUUUUAGUUCCCAUGUCUUGCAUGAUUUAUCUGUUUUGGGGAUGGAACACUUAUUUAUUGUUACUCAAUCAAACUUCCAUUGAGAAUUUUCAACUUUCCGAGAAGAGAGCUCGUUCACAAAUGAAGAACUUGAAUCCAGAACAUUUAAAGUAUUUGAACUUUUACAAUGUCUCGUAUUUGACCAAUAUCAAACAAGUAUUAGGUCAAAACGUGUGGAAAUGGUUUUUGCCAAUACCAGAUGAUUUAGGAACUGACGGAUAUCGAUAUCCAACCAUUCUUCCCUACGAAAAGAUUAUUGAAAUGCAAAAAGAAACCUUCACACAUGUUCUUCCAGAUUCGAGAGAACUUGCUCGAUCUUCGAGGGGACCUCAUUCCAAAGCUCAUCACUCCUCUCGAUAUUCAUCAACGAGAGAUGAUGACGACGAUGACAGUAGUGAAUAUGGAACAGACGAUGAAUUGGUGUAA